UUUUAUUAAUGGCAAAAAUCGUAAAUAUAAACGUAAUUUAAGUAUCUAGAGGUGUUACGCAUUAAAAUGGGAGAGUUUAAAAAAACAAAUCCUCAAAUUUACGCAAAAUCUUCAACCGUACAUUCACCAGAUACUAUCUACUGGAAGCAACUUGGGAUCCCCACAUUAGUGAAGGAAUUUGGUGCUAUCGAUUACAUCGACUUCAGCCCGGUUGAACCUUAUUUAUUUGCGGUGACUGCUUCAGUUCGCGUCCAGAUUUACAACCCCGUGACGAAAUUGGUGGUUAAAAAUAUUACCAAGUUUCAAGAAGGAGCUCACGGAGGAUCAUUUCGUAAAGACGGUAAUUUGUUAGUAGCGGGCGAUGACCUGGGUAAAGUUCGAUUGUUUGAUGUUUCGUCUAAAUCCAUAUUGCGGUAUUUUGCGGGUCACAAAGCUCCAGUUCAUCGAACGUUCUUCAAUGCCGACGGACACUGUAUCAGUAGCUUUUCGGAUGAUAAAACCGUGCGAUAUUGGGACAUCGCUACCGAAAAACAUUUGCAAACCUUUUCAGAGCAUACGGAUUAUAUUAGGGCUGGCUGUACAAGUCCUGUAAACGCUAAUAUUAUUGUUUCGGGAGGAUAUGAUCAUAAAAUCAAUAUGUAUGAUACACGAAUUCAAACAAAAGUUAUGACCUUAGAUCACGGUAGCCCAGUGGAAUCAUUGAUUUUCUUACCUAGUGGCGGAAUAAUUCUCAGCGCUGGUGGCACUUCUGUAAAUGUAUACGAUGCAUUGGCCGGUGGAAGAAAGAUUGCACAGCUCUCUCAGCACCACAAAACCGUAACAUGUUUGCAACUGGCCACUGAUGGAAAGCGGCUGUUGUCCGGGAGCUUGGAUCGGCAUGUCAAAAUCUAUGAUAUCGCUACCUACCAAGUUGUACAUACCAUUGAUAAUCCAAACGCUGUAUUGAGCUUAGGUGUUUCAAAAAAUGACGAUACACUUGUAACUGGAAUGGUUGACGGUUUGAUAGCUAUCCACCGACGCGAAAACGUUGAUAAGGACACGCAUGAAUCCGAGAAAAAUACAUCCCGUCGAUUGAAAGUUCAGGCUAGAUAUGACAACAUUUUUGAAAGUGCCGAUGACAAAAUCGUCGAAUUUCGACACAGUAAAAUUGAACAGUUUGAUCGUAUGUUAAGAAAGUAUGAAUAUAGCAAGGCACUAGAUAGUGUAGUGAUACCUAGUGUAAUGAACAAAACACCGGAAAAGACGGUUGCCUUAAUAAAAGAACUUAUUCGGCGCAAGGGUCUACAUAGAGCACUAAAAGGCCGAACACACUCUUUCCUAGUCAAGUUUAUAAAUUUUGUCAUGCGUUUUAUCGGCGAUUACCGAUUCACACCUGCACUGAUAGACGCAACGAACAUUUUGUUGGAUGUGUACCAAGAUGAUUUCGAACAGUUUGCAGGUUCAGAAGUCGCAAAAAUGUUUACAAAUCUUUCUCGAAGGUUAAAAAAAGAAGAACAAAUUGUGCAAGGUUUUCUAGAAGUGCAGGGUCUACUUGAGAUGAUAUCAUCGGCAGCCGAUGUUAAUCAACCUUCAGCAGAACACGACGGAGACAGAGAGAGCAUAUUAAUGAAAGAAUUUGAAGCUUCCAUGGAUGCUCAAAAACAAGCUGUUAUUAAUAUUGAUUAAUGCUAACUAAAUAAAUACGACAAUAUGUA